AUGGCAGCGCGACUCAUCUCUCAGAUCCCGGAGCUCCUGAAGGCUGAGCUUGGUUCUGAUGAGGUGGCCAAAGUGGCGUGCUGGGCAUUUCAUGCUGGAAUUCCAGGGGCUGAUUUUGUCUACGACGCGGAUUUACUAUUUGACGUCAAGACCAUAGAGCCACAAGUUCGAGAGAGAAUCAUUCCUUUCAUCAUCAGGUCAAUCGAGGCUGAAUGCGAAAACAUGAACGCCCCCGUGGCUCCCAAGAUAACUGUAUCUGAGCGAGCUCCGCUGACUACCAACUCUUCAUCAAUUGCCGGUCGGCUUCGUCCAGUUCUUACCCAACAUUUUGGUUCAAACCUCGUUGAAAUGGAGACAACAGUCGCCACAGAGGACGUUUCGGCGCUUCAAGGGCCUUACACGAUACCUGACACUUAUUGGAACUUUGGUGGAAGCCCUGAAAACAUAGCGCCGAGUGAUGUACCUGUGAAUCACUCGCCGUAUUUUGCACCUCAGAUUCAGCCCACCUUGCGAUCCGGUGCCGAUGCUAUGGCAAUAGCUUUGUUAUCUGUUUUGGCCUAA